CGUAAGUUCAAUUUCACAAUUGAUAACAUAAUAAAAACUUAACGCAACCAUAAUGGCGUGCAUGUCUCACAUAUGAACAUUGAAAAUUAUCUUAUACAUUUCAUUUCACUCUGUAUGUAAUUUAAAUGAUCGAUCAAACCCGUGACAGAUGUUCAUAAAUUGAUGUGAAUACUUAGUCGCAAAUUGCAAUCGAUCCUUCCUACCACUUGUUAUCUUAUACAUCAAAUAAUUGCAUACAAUUUUAAGUUUAAACGGUGGUGUAGGGAUUCUAGAAUUUAGAGAGUGAUAUUCACUUCGUCCGCUGCAUUGUUAACUUGAUUGAUAGUAGAAGACCAAGUAAGGAAUUUUAUUUCCUAUUUUAUUUUAUGCUUUUUUACUUUAAAUUACGAUAUAACAAAUGAAAAAUAAAAUAAUUAUUGAAUAUGAUUGAAAGAAAAAUGGAAGAAGAACAAUUUAUAAAUUCUAUAACUUUUGAGGAAUUUUUAAAUGGAGAAGUUUUGAUUUUACAAUGUAUGGGAUUGUCAUAUUUCAAUAGGGUAUUUUCAAAUAGUGAGGAAAUUGAAAAAUGGUGGGAAAAAAUAAUUCCAUUUUGUGGUAUUUUGAUAGUGUGUUUGUCGACAUAUCUUGAACUAAUUAGAGUGAUACGAGUAAUAGAUGUUGAUUUUACUCAUGCAAUUGAUAUAUUGUCCGCGAUGAGUUCGGGUAUGUUGUGUACAUUUAAGGCAAUAAGAUGUUGGACACAUCGGAAAGAACUUUUUGAUUUUUUACGACAACUUAAAACUUUAUGGGACUCAGCAGAUUCAAAUAAGUAUAUCUCAGAAGACAUAUUAAAUAUAGUAAUCUAUGCCAGAUCAUUCAGAAAUUAUUUGACAAUUAUAGUGAUUGCAUUGGCUGUCAGUUAUGCUAUUCCAGCCUAUACGGUACUUGGUAGCCAUUUGAUAUUUCACAGAGAUGAAUAUUUUUUUAAUUUCUCUAUGAUAAUGUUCCCAGUCACGUAUCCAUUUACGAUUAAUUCAUACUCGAUAUACUUUUCGUGUCUACUAUUCGAGCAAUUAGUUGAAUUAUUAGCUAUUCCUUAUUGGCUGUGUGGGGAGGUACUUUUUGUUCAAUUAACGACACACGUUGGCGCUCAAUGCACGAUAUUAGUUAAUAGGCUGCGAGGUAUUAAUAAGGAUGGAAGUGGAUCCGAUAAUCAUGAAAACCAUCGACAGUUAGCAGAUAUUAUUUCGAUUCAUCAUAAACUAUAUUUACACUACUGUUGGCUACAAAGAUUUUUUAACCCCAUCUUAUUUUUUGUCACCUUAGUUAAUGGAGCUAAUCUUUGUUUUUCGCUAUAUAGAGUUGAUGGGGAAAUAAACGAACGCAAUUGGGACAUUCUUCUGUCAAAGGUACUCUACUUAGUUGCUGUCCUUGGACAAACAUUUUUGUUUUGUAAACACGCUGAUGUUUUAACCGAAAAACUAGACGAAAUCAGUUACGCAGCUUAUCACUGUGAUUGGACACAUUGUGAUAAGACUUUUAAGACUAUGAUGUUGAUGAUAAUAAAACGAGCGCAAAACGGAUAUAGAUUCACAACUUAUGGAAUUAUAACGCUUGAUGUAAUGGAAUUUACAAAGAUUGUUAAUGCCGCAAUGAGUUAUUUCGCCAUAUUACGAAGUUUUGGAUAAUUUUGUUUUCGGAAUACUUGAUAUUUUGUAGUAUAAAACUAAUUCUAAAACUGACAAUAGAAUAAAAUAUUAUUUUCUAUGUAGACAUCU